AUGUCUGUCUGGAACCCGGACAACAUCCGCGAUGUUGCGGAAUCUGUUGGAAUCACAAAUCUCAAUCACGAUGUGACUGAAAAUCUCGCCCGCGAUGUCGAAUAUCGAGUUGCGCAAGUGCUGGAGGAGGCGCUGAAGUCGAUGCGCCACGGCAAGCGCACCUUGCUCACCACCCAGGAUAUCUCUCUGGCCCUGCGAAAUCUGGACGUGGAACCUCUUUAUGGCUAUGAGUCUCUUCGUCCGUUGAAAUUUGGUGAAGCAUCAUUAGGUCCCGGACAACCGCUAUUCUACGUUGAGGACGAAGAGGUUGAUUUUGAAAAGCUUAUCAAUGCGCCUUUGCCAAAGGUUCCUCGGGAGGUUUCGUUCACUGGUCACUGGUUGGCUGUUGAAGGCGUGCAACCAUCUAUUCCGCAGAACCCUACGGCUGCGGACUCUCGUAACCUCGAGCUGGUAUCGAAGGGACCGAAUGCCAAUUCCACCCUGGCAGCGAUGAGUGGUACAGGGGAUGUGUCAGUCAGGCCAUUGGUGAAGCACGUGCUUUCCAAAGAACUCCAACUAUAUUUCGAGAAGGUCUGCAGUGCAUUUCUGGACGAGACAAGCGAGGAUUAUCGAACCUCGGGCUAUGCCAGCCUACGAGAAGAUCCCGGUUUACACCAACUGGUUCCAUACUUCGUCCAGUUCAUUGCUGAGAAGGUUACCCACAGCCUCAAGGAUAUCUUUGUACUCACUCAAGUAAUGCAUAUGGCCGAAGCCCUGGUACAGAACCAAUCACUCUACGUUGAUCCUUAUAUUGCAUCUCUUGUUCCUUCAAUCCUGACCUGCCUGGUCGGCCGCCAGCUAGGUGGAACCGCUGAUCUGGCCGAGCAGUUCGCGCUUCGUGAUCUGGCUGCCUCACUUCUGGGUCUAAUUGCGAAGAAAUACUCUCAUUCUUCCCACAUGCUCAAACCACGCCUCGUCCGGUCCUGUCUGAAGAGCUUCCUCGAUCCUUCUAAGCCCUUUGGGGCCCAUUAUGGCGCUAUUAUUGGUUUACAAGCCGUCGGCGGUGCGGAGGUCAUCCGUGUGCUUGUUAUCCCCAAUCUUGGCGAGUAUUCAAAGAUUCUGAGUGAUGGUAUUGAGGAUAUCGCUCGUCGGCCUGCCGCAGAACGUGUGCUGGAUGCACUUAUGGCUGUCUUGAGGUCCCUCCGUGAUAGCCAAUCGUCUUUGACCAACGGUCACCCUGCCGCCGUUUCCGACGAUCUCCGUAGCCAGUUAGCUGAGAAGGUCGGAGAUCUUCUUGCCAAUCGGAUCGCGGAUAAUAAAGAGGUGCAGCUUGCUCGUCUGAUCCUGGAUGCUUGA